AUGCUGGGCGCCAUGCUGCACACGCUGCUGCUGCUGCUGCUGGCCGAGCUGGGGAGCUUGCUGGCAUCAGGACCCGAUUCUCAAAGUUCAUUUCUAGAAAUCAUAUUUCCAGAGAAAAUUGAAGAUAAAACAAACUCAGAAGAACAGGUAUCCUAUGUUAUUCCAAUAAACAAGAAGCAGUACACUGUGCACCUCCAGAAAAGAUAUUUUUUAACUAACCGUUUUAUGGUUUAUAUGUAUAAUCAAGGAUCUACGAGCUUUCAUUCUUCAAACAUUCCGGCUCAGUGCUUUUAUCAAGGACACGUCAAAGGCUAUCCGAACUCUGUGGUCACCCUCAGCACGUGCUCUGGACUGAGAGGACUCCUGCAGUUUGAGAAUGUGUCCUACGGAAUCGAGCCCCUGGAGUCUACAGCUUCAUCUCAACAUAUUGUUUAUAAACUAGGGAACGAGGAGAAGGAAUUGAUAUUUAGCAAAAACAGCAGAAAUGUAGAGAUGCCAACGAACUACGGCAUUUUAAUCAACAAAAAGCCAAAGUCACCUUUAAAAACCUCGUUUCCCCUCUAUCUAGAGAUGACUAUUGUGGUGGACAAAGCUUUGUAUGAUUACUUGGGCUCUGACAGCAUGAUUGUAACAAAUAAAAUCAUUGAAAUUAUCAAUCUUAUAAAUUCAGUGUUUGCCCAACUCAAGGUUACUGUUGUGUUGUCCUCAUUGGAGUUGUGGUCAGAUAAGAAUAAGAUUCCGACAGUUGGUGAAGCAGAUGAAUUAUUGCGUAGCUUUUUAGAAUGGAAGCAGUCCUAUCUUACCCUAAGACCUCAUGAUGUUGCGUAUCUGUUCAUUUAUAAUGAGUACCCAAAUUACGUAGGAGCAACGUAUCCUGGGAAGAUGUGUACUACCCACUACUCUGCAGGAAUCACAAUGUAUCCCAAGGACAUGACCUUGGAGGCCUUUUCGGUUAUUCUCACCCAGAUGCUGGGGCUCAGUCUGGGAAUAUCAUACGAUGAUCCUGCGAAAUGCCACUGCUCAGAAUCCAUCUGCAUCAUGAAUCCCAGGGCUAUGCAAUUUGCAGGUGUGAAGUCAUUUAGCAAUUGCAGUCUGAAUGACUUUGAGCACUUUAAAUCAAACGAGGGUGCCAAAUGUCUGCAGAAUAAGCCACAGAUGCAAAGGUAUCCAAGAGCAGUCUGUGGAGAUGGCAGAGUGGAGGAAAACGAAACUUGUGACUGUGGCGGUGAAGAACUAUGUGGGCCUGAUAGCUGUUGUGAUCCUAACUCUUGUACUCUGAAAUCAGGAAAUGUUUGUGACAGUAGCUCUCCUUCGUCAACCUGCUGCAGAGAUUGUCAAUAUUUACCAAAAGAUGAUGAAUGUAGAAGCAUGAGGAAUGCGUACUGUGACGUUCCUGAAGUCUGCAACGGGAGCUCAGGACACUGUCCACCUGAUGUAAUUCUAAACAAUGGAAUUUCUUGUGGAGAAGGUGGGGCUAUCUGUUAUGAUGGAGACUGCCCCAACCUGGACAGAGAGUGUGCGACAAUAUAUGGAUCAGGUUCAACGAAUGCUCCAUUUGCUUGCUAUGAAGAAAUCCAGGGCCAAAAUGAUAGGUUUGGCAACUGUGGCAAAAACGGCCAAAACAGAUACAUAUUCUGUGGAUGGAGGAAUCUCAUAUGUGGGAGAUUAAUUUGUACGUACACUAAGAAAACUCCUUACAACCCACCCAAUAACAGUACCGCUUCUGUGAUCUAUGCUUUUGUGAGAGACAAAGUGUGUAUAACUGUGGACUUUGGAUCGAGUGUCGACAAAGAUCCACUCAGGGUUGCUAAUGGUGCUGUUUGUGAUCUUGAUAGAAUUUGCUUAGAUGGCGUAUGUGUAGAAUCGAGAUUUAUUAAGGCUCAAUCAGAAUUGUGUGCAACAGAGAGGUGCAACGGUAACGGGGUAUGCACCUCCCUUGGUAACUGCCAUUGUUUUGACGGCUUCAAACCUCCCAACUGUACAUCUUCAAGUGAAAAUCUGUCACUGUUGUCUGGCAAGCAAGGUCUGCCCAUGGAAGGAGCUUCUAAGAACCAAGAAAAGAAAUGGCUUUUAAGUUUGUUCAUUGUCUUAAUUGUCCUCGCUUUGGCAGUCCUCAUGGGCAUAGGGUGGAAAGGCGUGAGGCAGUGCGGCUUCAAGGAAGAGGAAUCCAUGAGUAGCGAAAGCAAAUCAGAUGACAACACUCACACCUACAUCAGCAGAUCAAAAUCUGAGACAAGCAGUGCAACACCGAUGAGCAGUGUGCUUGGGAGUGUGGGGUAUCAUGUAGAGCGAGUUUGCAAAGACUUCAGGCGGCUCCAGCUGAUUCAUACUUCUUAA